CAAACCCAAACACUGCGGAGCCCAUCAUCAAGAGGAUGUGCGUAUGCAGUCCUGAGCGCUUGAUCAGAGUGCGCGCAGACGCUAGUGAAGACCAUGAAGCCGAAGUCGCUCUGUGUCCCGCGGCUUGGCCUCUUCGAGGACGUCAGCGGCAGAUACAGGCGGCAGGUCAACACCGGCGCACCGGAGCAGAGCCUCGAUCAGCCGGUAGAGAGGAGAGCCAGAGAUCUGCGCUAUACUUUACUGCCGGAGAGAUCAGCAUACGAGCCUUUAGUGGAAGACGACAUCCAACACAAAAUAAAGGAGGAAAAGAAAGCAAAAAAGAAAGAAAAGUAUAAAAAAUACAGAAAGAACGUAGGAAAGGCUCUUCGCUACAGUUGGAAAUGUCUGAUGUUAGGUCUGCAGAACUUCACAGUGGGAUAUUCCACCCCUCUUUCCGCCGCUGCCUCAAUUGUCCCAGAUUUCCAUCCGGGAGGAGCCUGGGGUUGAGACAGUCUGUGACCAGCAUUUGUAAUUUACCUGUAACACAAAAUCUUUAUAGACCAUUUAACGCUGCACAUCAAGAUUAUUAUUAAAAAUGAACAAUACAUCUGCCCUGGGCAGCUCAAGCUGUCAUGCUGUAAACUGUUAAAAUGAUGUAAAUAUAUGCUCUUCGGAUUUGUAUUAAAGUGGAGUUUCUAACUUGCAUUUGAGUUUUACAGCUGUAAGAAAGACAUGUUUCUCUUUUUACUCUGAGAUCUAUCUGUAUAUAUUUUGCUUUGACUGAAAGAGAAUGUAUACGGAUUUCUGUAUUGAAGUAAUGAAAUAUUCUUGUAUUACAGAACUAUAAGCUAAUGACAUUAGUGUUGAUUCUGUAAUUAUUUUAUACAUAGGCUGGAAUGUUUGUCAAGUGAUAUGGUCACCUGCAUUCAUGCUCUGUAGAUGUAAUAUUGACAAAGGUGAAAGUGAUUCUUAACUGGAAGAAAUAAGUUUAUGGUCUGUAAAGGGAAUUGAAUGUUAUCUGACUGUUUGAUUUGAUUUAGUCCGUUUCAUGAACAAAAAAGAGGUUUUGCUUGACAUGAGAAAGCUGAAUGUUCUAGACAGGGAAGUAAGAGUAAGUGUUUUCAGAUGAGGCCAAGAGCAUUAAAGACAAAGGAUGGGAUUAUGAGAAACCACAACAGGUCAAGACAGUCUGGUGCAGGGCAUGGCUUGUUUAAUAGGGUGAGUUUAUGUCAUGCUUACAACACCUGUUUAAAAGGAAUUAUGAAAUGUGAUAGAAAAAAACUUAAAUAAAUGAAAACUCUGAGUGGGACUGUUUUUGUUGAUUUAUUU